GAUCUCUUAGUAUUUAUCUGCUUUAAUAAAUAAUUUACAUUAUUUUCAUCCACUGGGAUGUGUAAUUUUAUCCAUCUCCACAUUAGAGGAAACCGAAUAUCGUCUGCUGGGAAGGAGAGGCUGGGACAGAACAUCCGCCAAGUGACAGUCUGAAUACCAAGUAACUGUCACCCCUUUCUCUCUUCACUCAUCUGCUCCUCUCCACCCUCGCCUCCACCAUGAAGAUCUUCGAGGACAUAAAGAUGCUCAUCCACCCCUAUCACUCCAUUAAUCUGGUGAUGAGCCUGAGUUUCCUGGUAACGAGAUAUGUACCCGGCCUGUGUGAGCUGAUCUUCGCCCCUGCACAGUGCGGGGAGCUGAGUAUGUGGGAGUCUGAGGUGCUGUUCUUCAUGUUGGUGAUCAUCAUGUUCCGCACGCGCAAGAGUGGAAGCCGCACCAUGAUAGCAUACAUUUCUGUGUUCAACAUGUAUGCAAAGUUGUGCAAUGUGGUGCUGUGGUUCAGCUGUGAUGCUGUGUAUGGCAUCAUCUACAUCAUCAUAGCUGUUGUUCACUUCUUAGUGGUGGGUGAACCAGUGUACAGUGGGCCAGAGAAGGUCAUCUAUUUCCAAGGCAAGGCAUUUGACGAUGAGAUGGCCAAUGACCCCCAGACUGUGUGGUUCAUCACCUUUUUCACUGCCUGGAGCCCAGCAUGCUCCAGCCUUGCACCGAUCUUUGCAAAGCUUUCUGCUGAGUACAGUCUUGAUAACCUCAAGUUUGGCAAGAUUGAUGUUGGACGUUAUCCAGAUGCAGCCAAACAUUACCACAUCAAUGACACUACCUUCUCCCUCCAACUGCCCACCAUAUCACUGUUCAGGGAAGGCAAGGAGGUGGAGAGACGUCCCUGUUUAGAUGCACAAGCCAAAUUCAGAAAGUUCUACUUUACUGAAGACAACAUUAAGGCAGCAUUUGACAUGAACAACAUUCAUAUGGAGUGCAAUAAAAUUUUGGAGUCAAAGAAAGGCAAAAAAGAAAUUCAUGCAAAAUCCGAGUAAUGUUAGGACAUAUGAAAAUUUUGUAUAUAUUUUAGUUGUUAUUAAGAAAAUUGGAGUGUGUAUGAAUUUCUUUUAAAGACUGUAAUCUUAAACUCAUGGCGACAAACAAAGAGUACCUCUGGGAAAACAUGUUUUAACAUAAAAAUUUGGUUGUGAAAUAAAAGCCACAUAUGAAGCUUUUGUUAUGCACAUGAAACUUAGUGUUUUUGCUUACUUCAUUAUUACUCCUUGUGGAAUGUUUAUCAUCUUCGUGUUAAAUAGGAACUCGUUUGUGCAUGUCGGAGAAGGAAACAAAAAAAAUUGUACAGAUAGUAUUAAGUUUUUUAUAAACCAAUUUGUUGGAAUAUUAAAGAAAUGUGUUGGGUGGAAGUUGUUUUUAAAGCAUAUGUAUUAUUUACCUGACAUUGCACAUUACUAAUACUUUCUGCAUCUGAGGUGGGUGACUGUGUUACAAUACUUGGCUCUCCUUUAAGAGAUUGAGUUUAAUUUUCAAUUGUUUCUUAGGGAGAAGGGAAGUCCUCUGUCAUAAUCCUAUGAGAGUUAUACAAGUAAGGUGUUAGCUGUCCAGCGCAGAUAUAAUUCUAUUAUAUCAAUCAUUUUUGUGUUUUCACAAAGUAAUUACUCUACAAUUGCAGUGUGUGUUUAAUAUUUUUAAUAUCUUUUUAUUUUUGUUCUUAAAUCUGUUCAUUCUUAUUUCAUUAUGUGCAAGCGGCUGCUGGUAGGCUCAUCAGAGGAGUGUUCCAACAGGUAGUGGAGUAUUUGUCUGGCAAGCACUGAUCAGGUCCUUGUUUAGGUUGUGGUUCAGCAUGACUACACUGGAUAUUUGAUGCAAUGUAGAUGGCAGCAGUAGAAGUGACAAGACAUUUGAAAAAAUAUUCAUGGGCACAGUUUGGAGUGGCAAAUAAUGUCAUAUAAUCAAUGCACCACAGCAGUUGCAGAGAUUGGCAAACAUGGCUGCUAUUAAACUAUAAAAUAAGUUUUAAAACAAUGAAAUAAAAAAAUCCUGGGAAUCAGAUACAGAGCACAAUAUACAUUUAUGCAAAAAUGAACAUUUCCUUGUAUAGUAUUUCCCUUAAUUAUGUGAUUCACAAUUCUAACAGACCACUACAAACUGUGUUGCAUCAGAUAAAAUAGAAAAUUGAUCUCUAUGACAAUGCUAUGUUCUUCCAGGAUUUAAUCUGAGGCUAAACUGACUUAAUGGACUUUCAUAAAUGUCUGGACAUUAAUAAAAGAAAAAACUCAA